AUGGAGCCCAUUCUCCCCAAAGCUCCAGGUGGAGCAGCCGCUGCAGGUGUGGAGCAGCCGGCAGCUGUCCCCCUGCCAUGUGGUUUGCCCCCCCUCAAGGAGGAGGCAGAGCCUGCAGUACUGCAAGAGAAGAUUCAACCUAAACACCCGUCAGGAGCAAGAGAUGGACAGGAUCUGUUCUCAUUCGACAGCUCAGAGUCCUCCGACGAGGAUGAGGGUCUUGGCAAGAAAGAUAAAAAGAAAAAGAAGCUAAAGAAGAAGAAGAAGAAAGCUUCCAGCUCCUCCUCCUCCUCUUCUUCAUCCUCCUCCUCAUCAUCUUCAUCUUCCUCCUCUUCCUCUUCAUCCUGUAGCUCCUCAGAAAGUGACAGUGACAGUGACAGUGAGGAUGACAAGAAGAAGAAGAAAAAGGACAAGAAGAAGAAAAAGGAUAAGAAGAAAGAGUAUGUCUGGGACAGUGUUAUCAUAUCUCAUUCUGGUCCUGAUGACCAGACGGAGCUGGUGUGUGGAGAGGGUCUGAAGAACAGCCUGGAUUCGGACUCAUCAGAUGACAACGAUGUCAAGAAGAAAGACAAAAAGAAGAAGAAGAAGAAGAAGGACAAGAAAAAGAAAGACAAGAAGAAUAAGGAUAAGAAGAAGAAGAAAAAGAAGGAAUCUUCAUCCUCCUCUUCAUCUGACAGUUCAUCAUCUGACAGUGAGGACGAAAAGAAGAAGAAAAAGAAAAAGAAGAAGAAGAAGGACUCUUCAUCAGAUUGCUGCUCCUCUUCAUCAUCUUCUUCUGACAGCGAAGACAACAAGAAGAAAAAGAAAAAGGACAAGGACAAGAAGAAGAAGAAGAAGAAAGAUAAGAAAAAGGAUUCAAGCUCCUCAUCUUCAUCCUUAUCAUCUGAUAGUGAUGGAGAUAAGAAAAAGAAGAAGAAAAAGGACAAGAAAAAGAAGAAGAAGAAGGAUAAGAAGGAUGAAGAGCAGAAUGAGCUCUGCAGUGUGGUCCUUCUCUCAGCAGCUGAAAAUGAGACUGCAGGACCAAGUACUGACGGAGAUAAAAAGACAGAUGGAGAUGCUGAGAAGGCUAAAGCCAAAGAGCUUAAAGCAGCAGGCAAAGACAGGCCGUGCGCUGGGGGGACAGAGGCAUUCAUUGAUCUUCUUGCGGAAGGCAACCUGAGUGAUGAUGAGGGAGAGGGCGACAAAGAUAAUGAGAAGAAGAAGAAGAAGAAGCUGAAGAAGAAGAGGGAGAAGGAGUCUGGUUCAUGUUCAGACAGUGACGAUGAUAGUGAGGAUAAGAAGAAGAAAAAGAAGAAGAAGAAGGAAAAGGACUCUUCCAGCUGCUCUGCAUCCGAUAGCUCCUCUUCAGAUAUUGAAGAUGAUAAGAAGAAAAAGAAGAAGAAGACGAAGAAGAAGGAGAAGGAUUCCAGCUCUUCCUCUGAGAGCGAGGAUGAAAAGAAGAAGAAAAAGAAGAAGAAGAAGAAGAAGAAGAAGGAAAAAAAGAAGGACAAGGAUUCUUCUGAUAGCGAAGAUGAAAAGAAGAAGAAAAAGAAGAAGAAGCCAAAGAAGAAGAAGGAUAAGGAUUCCUGUUCUUCCUCUUCCUCCGCAUCCUCUGAUAGUGAAGACGAAAAGAAGAAGAAGAAAAAGAAGAAGAAGAAGAAGCCAAAGAAGAAGAAGGAUAAGGAUUCCUGUUCUUCCUCUUCCUCCGCAUCCUCUGAUAGUGAAGACGAAAAGAAGAAGAAGAAAAAGAAGAAGAAGCCAAAGAAGAAGAAGGAUAAGGAUUCCAGCUCUUCCUCUUCCUGCCCUUCCUCUGAUAGCGAAGAUGAAAAGAAGGAGAAGAAGAAGAAAAAGAAGAAGACAAAGAAGAAGAAGGAUAAGGAUUCCAGUUCCUCCUCUUCCUCUGAUAGCGAAGAAGAAAAGAAGACGAAGAAGAAAAAGAAGAAGAAGCCGAAGAAGAAGAAGAAGAAGACGAAGAAGACGAAGAAGGAUAAGGAUUCCAGCUCUUCCUCUUGCUCUGACAGUGAAGAUGACAAGAAGAAGAAGAAAAAGAAGAAGAAGAAGUCCAGCUCUUCUGAUGACAGCUCCUGUCCCUCCUCAUCCUCCUCUUGCUCUGAUAGUGAUGAUGACAAGAAAAAGAAAGAUAAGAAAAAGAAGAAGAAGAAGGACAAGAAGAAGAAAAAGAAGGAUUCUUCUGCUUCCGACUCCUCUAGCGAUGAUGAUAAGAAGAAAAAGACGAAGAAGAAAAAGGAUAAGAAGAAAAAGAAAAAGAAAGACAAGAAAAAGGACUCAGAUUCUUCUAGUAGUGAUGAUGACAAGAAGAAAAAGAAGAAGAAAAAAGACAAGAAGAAGAAAAAGAAGAAGGACAAGAAGAAGGACUCCAGCUCAUCUGGUUCAUCUGAAAGUUCAUGUGACAGCGACAAGGAAAACAAGAAGGACAAGAAGGACAAGAAGGACAAGAAAAAGAGCUCGGGUUCAUCAGGAAGUGAAACUGAUAAGAAGAAGAAGACUGACGGUCCUAACGGCGAGCAAAGCAGUGAACCAAAAGUGGACGAUUCAGCUUCAGGUUGUGGCGAGUUCUCUGCCCCCAGUGGCAGCAGCAGCAGCAGCUCCAAGCCUGGUGUCUCUCCAGGUGUCGUCUCCUAUGUGUCACUCCCCUCCAAACCUGUCUUAAAACUGGAUCCUUCCGGAGUCUCAGCUUUCUCAGCUGUCCCUGCUGUCUCAGCUGUCCCAGCUGUCCCUGCUGUCCCUGUUGUCCAGGCUGUCCCUGCCAGCCAGGCUGUCCCUGCUGUCCAGGCUGUCCCUGCUGUCCAAGCUGUCCCUGGUACCUCAGCGUAUAGCGGAGUCCACAUUCGCAGACCUCCCAGCCCCAUGGAGUCCCUGAUGGGGAGCCCGCGGCGGUACGGAGAUCCAGGGACACGUCCCACAACCCACCUGACCUCAAGUGAUCUGCUGAGAGGCCCCAAGCCUUACAAAUAAAUACCUUACUUGUUUCAAAUAGCGUCUUACAAGACACUGGAGGAAAUUGAAUGUGAUGACGAGCUGUGCUUUAAUGAUGCUCUCAGUUCCCUGAUUUACUGCAACUACAAAAUAAGAUCACUCACCAUGAAAAAUAAAAGUAGUAGCUUUUGGUGUUUGUCCUGUUUUAAUGCAGAGGUUACUGGGUAAAGAUGCAUGGGGACAUUUUGAAAAUGUUCAGGUUGAAGAAUAAUUGUAUCACUUUGUAUUAAAAAAACACUUGAGUGAAGGAAUUGUCAACUCACAAUACCAGGAGAUAAUUGCAAACGCUUGGU